CCCCACCUUCCCGGUUCUGCACGAAAAUAAUUUGACAGCGUUUUGCUGACACUGGGAUUUUGCAGCAGAGAUCAAGGGGGGUAGAGCCCCCUUACUAGGAGGCGUGCACAGAAUUUCAUGCACAAGGUCUCCAGAGCAUGCUAAGUGUAUUAUCAUGUUCACUCUAGCCUUUUUUAUGAAGACACAAAACACCCUCAUCCUCCAAGUAAAAUGACUGUCUCUAAAGGAAUUUCUGUAGCUCAAGGGAACCAUUAGAAAAAUUAAUUGAUUUUACAAGGUUUAGUUUUGCAUAUUCAAUACCUCUCAGGGAUUACUAUUCUUUGCUUUAUUUUAAAUGGUGUUUGAUCAGAAGCAAGGUGCUGAAAAUGGGGGAUCAGCAGAUGUACAAAGCGAACCACAUCAUUAGCAACAAUGAAGGUUUAUAUUACCAGCAACAUCUAAAUUCUCUUACAUCUUUAAACCACAGCUAUGGAGCGUCAGCCAUGGAUGCAUCUCAGGAUUCUCCCCUCUCUCCCUCAUUUCCCCAUGAUACAAGAGAAAACAUAGCUUUGAAUGUUGGGCCCAAAACUCUUGGGUUGAUGGAUUCUCCAAGGCAAACAAAUUGGGCCCAUUUGGGUUCCAGCAACCACAUCCCAGUAAGGACCAAUCAGAAUGUGAUGUGGAACUCAACAGGGCAAGGGGAACCCACUGAUGGGUAUGACCAUCUAUGUUCCCAGGCCAAUGAGAUCAGGUCACAGAAAAUUACCAGUGGAGUGUUGCAUAAGUUAGACUCCUUCACCCAAGUGUUUGCUAACCAGAACUUAACAAUCCAAGUCAACAACGUGUCCCAGGUCUUACAGUCUCAGCCGUCAGGGAUGGACAAUGACAGUACACUUCGGCAACUGUUGUCUCAGAAGCCUGCUGCUGAGCAACAGCCUGCUCAGAGAUAUCAGCAGGUGCCUCAGCAACUCCAUUCGGGCUUUGCAAGUGCACAGCAGAAACAGCAAAUGCACCUAAUGCAGCACCAACAACCACUGUAUUAUGACGACCAGCAACACUUAGCUCACAUGCCUGUGCACCCUGGGGUGCACCAGGGACAGGCCCACUUGCAGCAGAUCCACUCUCAGCACUUGCUGCCACAGCAGCUGCAACAGGAUCAAUACUAUAUGCAGCAACAGCCUCACCAAGGGCAGCACAGGCUUCUGAUACAUGAGAUGCAGCAGCAGCGACAGUGCCCAGUGCAAACAGCUCAGUAUUAUCCAAUACAACCUAUGAUGCAACAGUUACAGCAUCAACAGCAGCAGAUGCAAAUGCAACUUCCUCCCUAUCACCGAGAUCCUGAACCAAAGACUCUGCAUGAAGCUCACCAGUACUCCCAAGACCGGGGUUCUUCUGUGCAGCUUAUACAACUGGGAGCCGUGCCUCAGUAUUUCUACCAAGAUCAGCAACAGCCAUUCAGGCACUUGUAUCCACAAAAUUUGUUGCAGCAGCAGCAACAGACUGCAGAAGAGACCAGCCAGCCGAAUCAUUAUCAGAGUGAAAACAAGUCUCGCCCCUUGAUGGACUCACAUCUUGAGUUCUCCAGAGCAGAGAGGACAGAAAGUCCAGUAGAGCAGGACAUGAAUUCUAUUGGUGUCUCUCAACAAUGUCUCUUACCUCCAAAUAGAGCCCACACGAAUAGUAAAAGAGCCCAGCAGUUGUCUCCCAAUGCAGCGUGGACUCAGCAGAUUCAGCUGUCUGACAGCACACUCAGAUCAGCAUCACCUGAACAAAGUAAUACUGGUCACAGUCAAGAAACGUAUACCGAGAGAUUUGAAACAAAGAGCAAACUAAUGUGCACCAUAUGCUUGAAGGAGUUUAAGAGUUUACCAGCUCUAAAUGGCCACAUGAGGUCUCAUGGAGGGGUUCGGGCAUCUCCCAUCUUCAGACAGGAGGAAGGAGAGAAUCCGUCAGAGCAGCCACCGUCGCAGCCGCCCUCCGAGGUGGAUAGCCUUGUGCCCAUCGUCAUGCCUGUUUCUGUCCCCGUAAAGCUCCUGUCGCCCGAUCCAAGCAGGCAGGCCACUGACAGCAGUGCCACAGUCAAAGAUAAGCCUGUCUCAGAUGAUGAAAUGCCUGUUCUUGUGAGGAUGACUUACUCACCACCACGUUCCCCUAGAGCGGCCAGCCCAUGCGUGUCUUCUGAUCCAAGUAAGAAAAACCACCAAAGCAUUACCAACUCUGAAGAGAGCUUCAGACCUUCACAAGACAAGAGAAAAUACCGCCACAGACCUGAGCCACUCUUUAUACCACCUCCUUCCUUCAGCUUUAGUGUCCUUCAUUCAGGCGCUACCUUAUACCAAAGCCAGCUUCGCUCUCCCCGCAUCCUAGGGGAUCAACUUGAUAAGAUUCAUGAGCUUCCUCCUUAUACCCCCCCUCCUAUGCUCAGCCCAGUACGUCAAGGAUCUGGUCUCUUCAGCAGUGUUAUCACCUCUUCUCAUGGGGCAUCCCACCCCCAGCUACCACUCACUCCUCUGACACCCACUCCCCGGGUGCUUCUCUGUCGAUCUAAUAGUGUUGAUGGAAGCAAUAUCCCCGUGACCCCAGGGCCUGGAGAACAGACCAUUGAUGUAGAACCGCGUAUCAAUAUUGGAUCAAGAUUUCAGGCUGAUAUCCCUGAAUUUAAAGAUAUAACCUCAGUGGGGAAAGAGGAUCACAAAGCAACUUUAGUAUGGAAACCAUGGCCAGAACUGGAAGACGAUGCUUUCCAGCAAAGAGUUAACGAGCUCUUAAAUAUGUGCUGUUCAAGUGUGUUACCUGGUGGAGGAACCAACAUGGAAUAUGGUUUACAUUCUCUUUUUGAGGCUAAAGGGAAUAUAAUGGUUACUCUGGAGAUGCUUCUUUUGCUGAAACCAGUGAGAGCAAAAUUUCAUCCCCUGGCAAACUAUCACUAUGCUGGUUCUGACAAGUGGACCCCCCUUGAGAAAAAAAUGUUUAAUAAAGCCCUGUCCACAUACAGCAAAGACUUCAUUUUGGUACAGAAAAUGGUGAAGUCUAAGACAGUGGCACAGUGUGUUGAAUACUAUUAUACUUGCAAGAAAAUCAUGCAUUUGGGAAGGAAGCACAGAACACGUCAAGUGGAAAUAAAAGAGGAAUGCCUGACAAGUGGAGAAGAAGAAGACUUGGAGAAUGAGGAGCAAGUGGAGGAAGAUAGAAAAUCUAUAAAAGAAGAGGAAAUUGAAAAUCAGAAUUCUCCUGACCCACCACCCAUUGCCCUUGGGGCACCUAUUAACCUGCCAUCCCUGAAGAACCUCAUUCUCCCUGUGACUUCAUUUACCUGUGAAAUGCCAGAUUGUGGAGCUAUGUUCAGCUCCAGACAAGCCUUGAAUGGUCAUGCUCGCAUUCAUGGUGGUACAAACCCUGUGGUGAAAACCCGCUAUGGAGGUCCUGGCACCAAGCCGAAACCAAAUUCCCAGAAUGAGUACUGCUCAGUCAAAAACUCUCCAGCUCACAGCACAACAAGUGGCGAGACUGAUCCCCCUACAGUUUUCCCUUGUAAAGAAUGUGGCAAGAUGUUUUUCAAAAUCAAAAGUCGCAACGCCCAUAUGAAAACACACCGGCAACAGGAAGAACAACAAAGGCAGAAAGCUCAGAAGGCUGCCGUGGCAGCUGAAAUGGCAGCUACUAUUGCAAGGACUACAGGGCCAGCUGAGCAUGCCUUGAUUCCAUUGGAUCACUUAGACUUGAUAAAGCAGGUUGAGCAGGUGGAUGAGCUUGACAGUGAUGUUGUUCAGGAACUGGGGGAGGUAAUUGACAGUACUGAAGGGAUAGACCCUGAUCUCUUACUAGAUGAAGAUGACUCUGAAUUACUUCAAGAUGACGUUGAGCUCUAGGAGAAAUGAACUGGUCUGUAAAAUUACAAAUGCUCAUUGAAAUUAGUUCCCCCAUCAGGAGGACUUUUAUUUUAACCUGUUUAAAUACUUGGAGUACUUUUUAUCCAGGACUGGAACAAAUUUGAGUUGUUUCUUAUUUGGGUAGGGAUAGUAUAUUACGUUUGGCUUUGGAAGAUGAACAACAAUUCAUUUUGUUCCCCUUUUUAGAGGUGUUUAGUCCUUAUGCCUUGGUAACCAAAAGCAUGGAAAAGUUCCUGUUCCUUUCUGGCUUUUUUCCCCAUGAAAAGCCCCAAAUUCUUUUUAACUCCUCAGGGUUUCCCAUCUUCUCCCCUACCCCCCCACCACAGGAUACCUAAGGAGAAUUUUUAAACUAUGUUUCAUUUUGUGCCUUUCUGAUCCAAAAACAUCUGCAACCAUUCUUAUGUCAAAUACUUUCAAAUGACAAAUAAUGGACCAUUAACCACGUCUGCAGUAACUACAAAACUGACAUGGAAAUACCUUGGUGGCAUCUUGAUAAAGCAGAUUGUGCAGAAUUUAUACAGUUGCCAUUGUCUUUCUACUAGAGAAGCUCUCGGGCUAGUUCAGCAGUUAAGGUUGAUAUUAUUCCCAAGCCUAGAAAGCUGUGUCCCAAAUGAAUUCUUUCAUGGCAUCUUCAUAUUUGCUGUAAGCAGGUGGGGGACUAUUUUUGAAUUUCCUCCUGAAGAAGUAGACUGACUUAGUGGAUUAUUCCACUUACUUUGCUUGGAUGGGAAAGAAGUGAUUAUCCAUGAGGAAAGAAAGUGAAAACAGCUAGAUUGAUCUAAUGUUUUACUGAAUCUUAAAGCUUUAUGUGGCAGUUCAUUUGCAAAGGAUUUUUUUACAUUGUGCACUUCAGAACUUCCAUUUUAAUUGGGUUCAGAAAGGAUAGAGGAAGAGAAUUAUGAAUCUAAAGAAAAAUGGCUACUUGAUCUUCACUUUAGAGUAGCUGCUGGGAUAACUCUCCCCUUCCCCACCCUCCAUAUACUGAACAGUAUUAGAUAGGAUAUGUGAGUGAUUGACCGAAUGCACUAAAAUGCGAUUCAAAAGCAGCAUUGAUAGAAAAGCUGUCCGUCACUGAAGGAAGAUACUUCUUUUAUGCUGAUGGCGAUGCUGAAGCAUUCUCUCAAGGAUAGUGCAUGUACUCUCCUCACAAACAAAAGGAAUGUGGGAGGAAGAUGACUACCAUGAAGUAAAACAAUGAUAAAUAAUGGGAUUCUGUACUACAUUUCUCAGUUUGUACUUUGCACUACCCAGAAACUGUUAAGACUGAUUAUGAAAGUGUCAAAUUCUUUGUUGUGGCAGCUUCUAUGUGCGUGGGGGAAGGGGCUGAAGUGCUCUUUUAUUUUGCUCUUUUAUGUACAUUAUAACAUAGACCAUGUAUAAAAUAAGAUAACUUUUGUUCACUCAGAAUUUUACUUGAGCAUUGGAACCCUGGGGAGUUUCGGAUCAUGGCCAAAAAACUUUAAAGGCUGCCAUUUAUGAAACGGUGUGUGGGUGUUUUAAGCAGUUGUUAAGGUUAAGUAUAAUUAUACUAAAAGUAAGCUUAUCCCCCAGAAGACACUCUGUAAUAGGCUUAUAAACUUAUCUUGGGAAACUGAAACACCGUUGAAUUUGAACAACUUUUGAAAGCAGGAGUUAUGGGCUUCUAUACCUACAGCUGUGAAUAUCUCUAAAUAGAAUGCAACACAACAAAUGUUUCAUGUCCUGUAGUUAUGCUGAAAUUCAGUUUUCUUGAAAAUAUUUCACUGUCUUUUUGCUAUUUCCCCCCUUUUUAUUUCUCUGUAACAAUCAUAAAUUUGCAGAUUAAGUCCAAAGAAAAUUAUUGUGAUUCUGGUCCUUUACUUCCUUGGUUUGCUGUGUUUGUUUAUGUUAAAUAAGCACAGACUGAGGUCUAAAACAUUUUUUAUGAAAGGUAAACAUUUUGCACCCAUCUUAUCCAUAAUGAAUGAAAGGGGAAUUGAAAAAUUCCUUUCUCACUCCCCCGCCCCCGCCCUCACUCUCUCUCCCCUCCCUUGUUUUUGUUCUUGGCCAAAUCAUCAUCAUGUUCAAAUUUUUGAAUGACUGGGUUGGUUCCUCUAUGGCUGUGUCAUUGGAAAAGACAGUUUGCCAUAGAAAUAAUCUGAACAGUAUAAAGUGGGUCAGGCCUGAUUAACGGCUUCUGAAAAUAUUUGAUACAUAUAGAAAUGCUACUCAAAUGUUCCCAUCUGGUCACUCUUAACUUUUUCCCCAAACUGAUUCAAGAAGCCAGCUACUUAUCAAGGAGCAAACAGUUUGAUCUGACUUCUGUUUGGUGGAGUGAGGGGGAGUGUGUUGGGGAGUGUGUUUGAAAGUGCUGCAUCACUGCAUCUGGCUGUCACAGCAAACGAGCAACUCACCCUUGUUUUGUUAUUACUGGGCAAUCUUUAAUGUUGAUGCAGUUGACAAGGGGAGUUCAGGAGAAAUAAUAGUUUGAGUGCCCUGUUGAGCACAGCGAGACACCUGAUUGGGAAAAUGUAUGAGGAUGCCUUGUAGACAUGCUCUUACUUAAUCACUUUGUGUUUCCAGGGGGUUAGUCAGCUAAUGUGUCUGGGUUGCAUGCUCUUUGAAAGCAUCUCCACUUUUGUAUUAAGCAUUUGUUGGCAAAUGAAAUCUGCAUAGUUGUGAUGGUUGCCCAUCUGUUACAUUGCUCCUAUUAUUCCUCGGUAACUCCAUCAAUUUUCUGUGCAAUUCCAAAGAACAACUCUUAAAAAAUCCAUGUAAUCAUCUGAGAGAGUUAUUUUUCCUUGUAUUCCUGAAAGGAAGAGAUCAGAAUUUGGUCUGGCUUGCAAAUCUCCAGUUCAUGUAGUACUUAGGAGCUGACAGGAAGGAGCACAUGUGCCCCUAUUUUAUCCACAGCUUUCUAAUUUCCCAGGUUCCUCUGCUAGAAGGAUUACAUCAGUUGGGAAAGAAGGAAAUAGAAACUUACCCUGAGAGUGCAUAACCUGCUUCAGUGUUGGGAAUGUAAUCCCAAACAUUCUGCUCGACAUACAUUGGAAGCCCAUGUCAGAGUCAGAACUGUAGGAUAUAACAAUGUAUUCAAAGAGUGCAUGGUACAAGAACCUGGCUACAGGUUACCCUUACAAUAAGAAAGGCAGCCAAGUUGUUAAGAACUCUGAAUGGACCCUGCUGAUAGUAUGCAGUUGUGUGACAUUAUAUUGUCCAUUAUAGAUAAUUAUUCAUAGUACAAAUCAUGACAAAUCGAUUUCAAUAGUUUUCUGAACCCCAGAGUCAACAAAUCUUUAUGAACCAAGAAACAAUAUAAGCAUUUGCUGUUAAAGAAGGAUUGUCCUGAACAAAUGUCUCACUCAAAUAUAUCUUAAAGUCCAGUUUAACAGAUGACAUUUUGCUUAAAAUAAUAAGACAAAAGUCAAGUAACCAAGACAAAAGCUACUUAUCUUCCAAAUGCGUGAAUUUGAACCAAUAAUAUAUCAGCCAGUUUAUAAACCUUGCCAUCUUGUAGUAGAUAUUCCAAACUGAUGUGCAUAGAUCACAUUUGAGUUAAUGAUGAGGCAGACCUUCUAGUGUAAUAAACCAUUGCUUCUCUGAGGAUUUGCUAAAAUACUGUCCAGGACAAUAUGGAUUACUGUACCAAGAGACAGCUUUCUGAUGCUAAUAUUGCAGGUGGCAUUAGGCAUUUUUUAAAUUCAAAGCUGUACAGCUUAUAUUGUUCAGGAAUAUCUUUACCUUACAUUGAAAAGUAUUCUGGGGAUAUAGCUGGUACUUAAAGCCCAAGUAGUAUCAUCAAAUUCUUCUUAUCCUUCCUUGAUCAACAGAUGGCUGCUGUUUUGGCAGAUAAGGUAGACUAUAUCACCUACACAAGUUCAGAUAUUAACUAAAGUUAUAGUAUGUCUGUGGAGAAAUUUCAAAAGCAAAGGACAUUAUAUCUAAAUAGAAAUAAAAGAACACUCCCCAAAUACAUAUUUCACAGGAUGCUAAAUAAAUAUAAUUAUAACAACAUUGCUUAAAAUAACCAAAGAGAAUCUCAAAACUAAACCCUGAAGAUCUGUGGAUACUUGGCAUUUGUGGUUAGGGUUAGGGUUCGUUGUUUUGCAGUGAUUAAUAUCACUUAAAUAUGAUUUAUAUUUUGUCAGAAAACUUGGGAUUUUUUCCUAAUGGUUCUCAUGUUUGUUGCAGUAGCAUUUCUGUAGUGAAAUGGAAAUUGUACAUAACAAAGAAAAGUAUAUUUUAUGGAGAAAUCUUAUUUUCAAAUAUAUUUAACUGCUGUUAUAUUGUUACAGAAAAUGUAUAAAUAGUUUUGGAACUGUAGCAUAGUAUAAAAA